UUUCAGAUAAAGCAAGAUGAAUCAAGAAAAACUGGCUAAACUUCAGGCUCAAGUCCGAAUAGGUGGAAAGGGUACAGCUCGUAGAAAGAAGAAGGUAGUCCACAGAACAGCAACAGCUGAUGAUAAAAAACUUCAGAGUUCACUUAAAAAAUUGGCAGUAAACAAUAUUGCUGGCAUUGAAGAGGUGAAUAUGAUAAAAGAUGAUGGAACAGUUAUUCAUUUCAACAAUCCAAAAGUCCAGGCUUCACUCUCUGCAAAUACUUUUGCAAUUACUGGUCAUGCUGAGGCCAAACCAAUCACGGAAAUGUUACCUGGCAUUUUAAGCCAACUGGGUGCCGAUAGUUUAACAAGUCUUCGAAAGUUAGCGGAGCAGUUCCCAAGACAAGUGUUGGACAGCAAAGUACCAAAAUCAGAAGAUAUUGAUGAGGAAGAUGACGAUGUUCCUGAUCUUGUAGAAAACUUUGAUGAAGCAUCAAAAAAUGAAGCUAAUUAAUUCAUUAAUAGUUCUGGAAGUUGACAUGGACUAGAUUUAAGAAAUCAGCUGUGUGGUCCCAAAGUUUUACAAAAACAGCGAACAUUACCCGUUUAAUAGUUCAAUAAUAUAAAAUAUUUUGUAUUUUAAUUAUGCUGUUUGUUCAGCAUUUCCUGUCAGUUGAUUUUUGCAUUUUGCACUUACUCCAGGAUCUAUCUUUUCAGUUAAAAAGAAAAGACAUUUUCAGUGCAGAUUAAGGUGUGUGCGUGUAUGUGUGUGAAUGUAUGUAUGUCGCUUAACGUACAGUUGAGGAAAUUGGAGAGCAGAUCUACUUGAUUUUCCCUUCACCCUUUAAAAUAGAAAUAAAAGAAAACUAAUUUGGCUAAAGUAAACUUCUUUAUUACAAUCAGAUAUUUCUCGUAAAAUAAUGAGAAAAGUAAUAAAUUGGGGAUGCCACUUAUUAAUUACCAUUUGGUUUUAAUUUCUGUAUUAAUUACUAUAUAUACAUAUGUACUUGACCAUACUGAUGGUGUAUUUGUGUAGUUUCUCAUCAGCCUCCUUUUGGUUUUAAUUUCUACCAAAGAUAGGCUAUCGGUAUGCAUGUUUAUUGCAACUUUUAAAAAUAUUACACAUAAGAGCUUCUCUUUUACUGUUAAAGCUCUUCUCAUGUUCAUCUUAAUAAUAAACUUGGGUUGCAUUUACAUGCUAUCAGAUACUAUACUCCGUCUUCAGUGAGGCACCCUGGUUCUAGGUUGAGCCAAAUAUCAAUGCUGCAUCUCUGAUACAAUUUUCUUGUCCUCUAUAAGAAACUUGGUGAUAUACAUAUUUACAUUUACUGAGAUAAAGAUUGGAGGAUACAUUCUACAGCAUCCAUUGCCUUUGUGUUUUUUCUUGGUACACUUUCAGCUAGCCCUUCUUCAAGAUGCUGUGUGUGAUUUGAUCUCUAUCUCAGCUAGGCAAUACAUUUCAUAGCCUGGAUGUCUUUUCCAGUAGUAUUAUUUUGCUUUGAUAAGGGGUUAUCACUUCUGUUCAUAUUUUCAAUUAGAAAAUAGUACAUUGUCAUGUACAGGUAGGUUAUUUUGUUAAGAAACAUAAUAGUGUAUUAUCAUAAUUAUGCUCCUAAGAGCUGGUAAACUUUUACUUUUGGACACUAAAAUCAGGAAAUGUAACUUGGAAUACAUAUAUAUAUAUAUUUUAUUUGCAUUUAUAUCCCGCCCUUCUCCAAAGACUCAGGGCGGCUUACACUAUGUCAGGCAAUAGUCUUCAUCCAUUUUGUAUACUAUAUACAAAGUCAACUUAUUGCCCCCCAACAAUCUGGGUCCUCAUUUUACCUACCUUAUAAAGGAUGGAAGGCUAGGAAAGAGCUAAAUGUACUGGCAUUAGCAUUUCACAAAAGUAUAAUCCAUCAGUUUUGAAGGUAAACUUCCUUACAUUUCUCCCGCAUUCUAUUGUGGGUUUAUGUUGUAUUGCACUCACUUCUGUAAACAUGAUCCCUUAUUGUUAAAUAGUGGCAGUAAAUGCUCUGUGAAACUCUUCAAACAAAGGUGCUUGAUACAAUCUUUGCACUUGAAGCUCUUGGGUUCUUCAAAGAAACUUGAUGUAUUUGCAAUGAAACAUCAUUGUAAAUCUUGCUGAGGCCAAUCAGGGCUUAAUAAAGCCUUUUUUCACAGCUUAUUUUGGUAUACUUCUUAGAUAUAUCUGCUUUUUCUGCUGAUAUAUGCACCCAGCAACUAUAUUUUGAGGCAAUACAGCAUUCUAAUAAUAUCAGGCUGAUUUCCCAAAACAGAUUUUGUAAUGUCAUCUGAACUACUCACUUGAUUUUAUAGAUUUUCUUGUUCUAUUUUAUAUAAUACAUGGAUCUUAAUAAAAUAAUUCGAAGGAGGUAAUGUUCCCUCAUGUGUGUUAACUUCAAACAGCAGAGCAAAAUAUGGAUGUGCAACCUAUUCAAUUAGUAAUAAGUUUACUGUGCCUCAUUUUUGAAAAUGUAUUCUCUUACUGCAGAAUGUACAUAUGCAGUUGAUACACUUUUUACAUUGCUUUUGCCCUAGGACAGGGGUCUGCAAACUUGGCUUGCCAUAAAUCUUAAAAGAGCCAAGUUUGCAGACCUCUGCCGUAGGAGAACAUCUAGAAAUCUCUUCGCAGGGAACUUUUACUAAUUAAUGCAACGGUCAUUUAAAAGUUAAUAACAAUGCAAUUAUCAUGUUUGGAAAAGAAUUUAAUGUAAACUAUUGUAAAUUGAAAAAACUGUUGAUUACUUAAUGCUUUCUUUUCCUGAGGUAUAAAAUAUAAAAACAUAAUUAAACUGAUAAUAAGUGAA